AUGGAAGCCGAUGUCAUAUCUGCAGCAGCUGACUAUAAGCCAAGAAGGCAGACUUUAACAAUAAUGGAACUUAUGCAAAGUAGAGAUGUUGAUGCCUCUUUAAAAAAUAUCGAUCGUACUGUUCUUCUGCUAAAAGAUGACAUAAAUGACGCCCUUGUUGAAAUAUCGCAGCUAGUCAAAAUGAAAUACAAAGAAUGUAUUCCUUCAAUUUGUGCUACCAAUACACUGUUGGAAAAAGUACACCAGGCCAAUGAAAAUUUGAAGAAAGUUGAAGAAUCGUUGUCCAAAGUUAUUUCAAGCAUAGAAGAAGGCAUUAGUGACGAAGAUCGUCUAGUAUUUUCGCGUGCUAAAGAGUUAAAGCAGUGCUUGGAAAAGUUAUCGCUUGUUGAAAAAAUUGAGACGGAUUUCUCCGCUCUUUGGUGUUCAGAAAGCACGGAAAUGCCUCUGCGCUACGCCAGAUUAAUUGCUGGGGUACAGGAAAAUUUACGGUCACUCUCUGAGAGCAAGAGCGAUAUUGAUGAGACUUUCGCAGAGAAGAUUGCUCCGUUACUAAGGGAAGAGUUUGCGACCCUCCGAGGAGGUAUUUGUUACCAACUUAAUCAGUACUGGGACAAGUUAUUUGUUUUCACUACACGUUCAGAAGAAUUUAUUAUGAAAAUAUCACUGGAGUCCAAGCCGCAGCUGGAAGAGCAUUUUGAGGCUAUGAAUGUGAUUCAAACUCUCGAUGGUAGAUUGGCUAAACUCAGUCAGACACUUAUGAAGAAUUUUUGCUAUGCAUUUAUACGCAAACCAAGUACUGAUUUUAAGCGUACUGAAAUGUUUGGAGUAUCGAGACCUGUCAGUCAGUCACUUCGUACUUUCUUUGACUCACUCGCUGAUGAUUUGGGUGACAUGAAAGUGGGAAGGGAUUUUUUUAUUGCUCUCUUGUACGAGAAGAUGUCUAGCGAUCUUAUGAGCAUGCUUUUACAAGACUGUAUAACGAAAGCAAUUCCAAUUGGGCCUAAUGAUGAAGCUCGCUUUGAACAGCUUAAGUCUCUAAUGAAGGAAUUUCUUCACCGCUUACAGGAAAGGGGAUAUAUUCCAAAUGCGGAAGAGAAUUAUAAAUUAUUUGUAGAAGAACUGGAUAUUGUCUUUAAUAGCCGUCAUUGUACUAAAAUCAUUGUCGACGCUCGAACUCUUAUUUCUACUCCCUAUUUAGAGCUUGAAACGGUUGGAUAUGGACAAGUUGAUGAGGUCGAAACUGCGGGAGAAAUAAAAGCAGAAUGUGACCAGACUAAAAAAAGAGUUUUGAAUCGCGACAAUUUUCCGAGGCUUUUACGUUUUGCGAAGUGCCAGGUGAGUAAGUCAACUGUGCAAUUCAUUGAAUUGAUAAAGUCUGCUGUUAUGAGUGCGGCAAAGAUAGAUUCGGAAUCUGCAGCUGGACGGCUCUUGCAGACUGCGCGUAAUGCUGUACAGCUUUUCAUAUGCAUAGCACCCCGUUAUCAUCAAACUCAGAUCUCUAGCGUGCCGCAAAUUGCUGCUGUUUUUUACAACAACUGCUAUUAUAUAUGUCACUGCUUGAUGACGAUGCCGGUCGACGUCUCUGAAGAAGUUUCUACUGCUCUUCGGCGGAAGCAUUUGGCUAUUACUUUCGUCGAUUUUUUACCUGCAUUGCGCCAACUAGCUGCUGAUGCACUGGAAAAACAUCUCGUUCAGUGUCGGAGACAGAUUGCCACUAUUCUUUCUGACAGACAGGUAUUUGUGAAUUUGGAUGACGUACGCAAUUUCAAGACAUGUGAGGGCACAUUGGAAUCUUGUUCAUUGUACUUAAUUCAAAUCGCUAAUGUCUGGCGAGGUGUGUUUUCAAAUACUGUUUUUGGAAAAGCUUUGGGAAAUUUGGUGGCGUUUCUUUUCAACUCCAUUAUCAAAAUUAUUUUUGCUAACGAGGAUAUCAAGGCGUAUGAUGCUGAAACGUCGGCAAAACUUAUCAUAAGAACCGUGACUGCGAUGGAGAAAUUGUUUGAGUUUGGAGAGCCUGGUUGUUCAAGUAUUCAUCAAUUUGCUGAAAGAGAGUAUUUUUGCCUAAAGGAAGUUAUAUUUUGUUUGCAGGCCUCGUUACAGGAAAUUUUUGAUCGAUGGUGUAGCGGUAAAGGCCCAUUGGCGCAGUGGCUAAAACCAAAAGAGCUUAGCCAUUUAGUAGUAGCACUUUUCCAAGAAAGUGAAAAGCGAGAUUAUGUUUUGAAAAGCAUUGGUUAA